CAUCGUUCUUCUCUUUGAGGUCGGGAGGGAAAAAGAACGACGGGAAAAGUUAGAGACCUAGCUCCAGAUCUCCUCCUAGGGUUCAAAACACCCCGAGAAACUAUAGAUCGAUUAGCAAAUUUUGAGAAACUCUUGUGAGAUUCUGCUUCUAUUCCUAAUUUCCCGCCCUGCCGGCUCAGGUCUUUAUUUGUAAGUAUCCGAUUCUUUGAUGCGAAGCGAGUUUCUCUGCAGAUGAUUCCAGAGAUCAUUCUUCCCCCGGAGAGGGACCUUUCUAUCUCCCCCACCAGCUCGCGUUCAGUGACGGAGACCGUGAAUGGAUCGCACAAGUUUGUGAUCCAGGGUUAUUCCCUAGCGAAGGGCAUGGGAAUCGGGAAGCACAUCGCGAGCGACACCUUCACGGUGGGGGGUUACCAAUGGGCGGUCUAUUUUUACCCGGAUGGCAAGAAUCCGGAGGAUAAUUCGACCUAUGUGUCCGUCUUCAUCGCGCUUGCGAGCGAGGGGACGGAUGUAAGGGCUCUUUUCGAGCUCACGCUUGUGGAUCAGAGCGGGAAGGGGAAGCACAAGGUGCAUAGCCACUUCGAUCGGUCUUUGGAGAGUGGACCUUACACGCUCAAGUAUCGCGGAAGUAUGUGGGGUUAUAAACGCUUUUUCAGACGAGCUGCACUGGAGACAUCAGAUUACCUCAAGGAUGAUUGCUUGAAAAUAAAUUGCACUGUUGGCGUUGUGGUCUCAGUAAUGGAUUGUCCUAGGUUACACUCUAUACAGGUUCCUGAGUCUGAUAUGGGGCUGCAUUUUGGAUUGCUUCUGGAAAAGCAAGAAAGUUCAGAUGUCAUUUUUGAUGUGGCUGGGGAAAAAAUUCAUGCUCACAAGCUUGUUUUGGCUGCUCGUUCUCCUAUCUUUAGAAGUAUGUUUUUUGAUGGGCCUGAUGAGGCUCUUAGUGAGAUAGUUAUUACAGAUUUAGAGCCAAAGGUAUUUAAGGCAAUGCUGCAUUUUAUUUACAAAGACACUCUAGAUGAAGAUGAUGUCCCUGUUGGAUCCGGGUCUCCAGGAAUUUCGGUGUCAGACACAUUGGCCGCAAAAUUGUUAGCUGCAGCAGACAAGUAUGGCUUGGCAAGGCUGCGGUUGAUGUGUGAGUCUUACCUGUGCAAGGAUAUAUCUGUUAACUCUGUUGCUGGCACUCUUGCAUUGGCUGAUCGUUUUCAUGCCAUGGAACUAAAGGCUGCUUGCCUCAGGUUUGCUGCUGAAAACCUUUCAGCUGUUAUGCGCUCAAGUGGGUUUGAAUAUCUAAAAGAGAAUUGCCCCUCGCUGCAGUCUGAGCUUCUGAAGAUCAUCGCCGGGUGUGAAGAGGAAUGCAGCAGCGGCGGGAAGAGUCGUAGCGUUUGGGCCCAGCUGUCCGAUGGUGGAGAUUCCAACGGUCGGAGGGUGAGGCAACGGACAUAAAAACACAAAAACUCGAUUGCUUGUUAUCUGAUGAGGGAGCAUUGUGUUGCGCAAUUAAAGGAUUGGGGAAUUGCUUAAAGCCUGAUUGUAUCUGUAGCUUUUCUUGUGGAUAUUGGUGUGAGUUGAUGAAGUACUUUAGGUCUUUCUGCAGCUGCUGGUAUGAAUGUAUUUGUCGGUGAUAGGACAAUACUGAACAUUAAAACAUGAAAGCUGCAUUGUAGCAUAAUCAAAUUUACUUUUGCAUA